UUCUUGAUUGCAAAACUGAGGUUAUAUUUACUUAAAUUCAAAGAUAUGCCGAAAAGAUCGUCAAAAGACGUUCCAGGGCAAGGAAAUGCGAAAAAACCGAAACCAAGUGGUCACUGGGCCAUGGGUUUACUAAAUACAAUGAAAGAUCCAAAGUAUAUCGUGAAAACCGAUGAUUUAGUGACAGUUAUUAAAGAUGUUUAUCCGAAAGCCAAGUUUCAUUUUUUAGUGAUACCUAAAGAAGAUAUUAGUAAUUUAAAGGCGGUUACAAGUAAACAUUUAGAUUUAUUAAAGCAUAUGGAGAAAGUUGGGGGUGAAAUUGCGGGGGAAAAUAAAGGAAGUAAUUUUAAAAUUGGUUAUCAUGCUGAACCUAGUAUGAUUCGUCUGCAUUUACAUGUUAUCAGUGAUGAUAUGGAUUCUGUUUGUCUUAAGAAUAAAAAACAUUGGAAUAGUUUUACUACUGAUUUUUUUGUGAAAAGUGAAGAGGUAAUUAAAAGUUUGGAAGAUAAUGGAAAAGUGGUUUUACCAUCUAAAGAAGAAUGUAAAAAGUUUAUGGAAACUCCAUUGAAAUGUCAUAAAUGUUCUGUGAUUCCUAAAAAUAUGCCUGAUUUAAAAAAACACAUUUUAACUCAUUUAGAAAAAUAAAAAUAUAGCUAGCAAAAACAUCCAUGGAACUCUCGGUCAAGUUUCUCGGCAAGCUCUCCAAACUCUCGUUCGCAUUGUCCCCAUUCUCGGAAUCGCUCAGGUCAGUGUAAAAGGUCGCGUUUCCUGCCUUGACCUUCUUCAACUGCGUUAUUCUUUUCGGCAUGGUUUUGGUGGUGUACUGCGGGAUCAUGUCGGGCUCCGACUUCCGGCGCCAGUUGCUCAGCGACGCGAACGAACGGUC